GUCGAACAGCCACAAUGAUGGUGAAAGAAGUUGCCCGAUUUGGUUUGGUUCAGAACACAUGCCCGUCUUGCAGCCGUCCACGUUGAUCUCACCGAAGACCUUCUGCUCCUGUCAUCCUGCGGUUCCCGACUGCAAUGUGACGCUCAUGUACCGCAGCCCGAUUGUACCCGCGAUGGCACACUGGAGACUCGUUAUUCUAUUCCGGUACUCUGGGGCAUUCGAAGCGCUGGCUGUCUUUGGGACGCGCCCGGAGAUGAGAGUCGGGAAGAAUCAAGGAAGAAUUACGGACAGUCUCAUGAAGGAAGCGCUGUCAUGAUGUUUGCUGAAAGUAUGUCUUGAGGGAUCUUUUUCCGGUGGACUUCGUGAUCCCAAACUUAUCUGGCGAUUUCCCUCGCAACUCGGAUGAUUGAUAGCAUGUCGGGACCACGAACGGCGCAGGCUCACUCUCCGUCAUCGCAUGUGGCCGUCCAUGCUUUGGCAGCGAACCGAUCCAGCUCCGGUUCACUCAGGAUACUUCAAAUGCCAAGCCCUUACUAUCGCUAUUUGUGAAGCUUCCCCUCCCGCUCCCAGGUGUCUCUCCUCCCUGCCUUGGGUUUUCUUGCUGCCUCUGGCUUUGCCACCAUCAUGUCGAGGACGGUCCCACUUAACUUCCUCCGCGGUCUUCCUGUGUCGCCAGGAUCUUCACUCGGCGACGCGUUAGCCACAGCCGUCGUCGAAUCCGAGCUCAGGACUCUCAUAGACUGUCUACCCUGCACGUCGGACCCCGCCCUCUUCUCCCCCGAUCUUUCGCGUCAGGCGCUCACUCACGAUGCCGUCCGCUCCUUCGUCCAGCACUUUGCGCUGCCCCACUCUUUAACACGGCAAGGACUGGGCGCGAAUGACCGAGUAAUGGUGGCGCUGCCGACGGGGCCUGAAAAUGCAUUGGCGCUGCUUGCACUGGCGAGCUACCACACCUGCGCGCCGGUCAACGCGAGCUGCACGGCGAACGAGCUGCUGGACGAUGCGAAGAGGCUUAGGGCAAGGGCGGUUGUCACCACCCGCGACGCAGAAGACAGGUUGGAGCUUCGAGAGCUUGCGGAGGUCCUCGGGUGUGACGUGGUGUUCAUUGAACCUCGUACCUCGGGCCCCUGUGGGCUGUUCGACAUGCAUCUUAUGGGGGAUGGUCCUAUGCAGGUGCCCUUCCAGCCGUCGAAGCUUCACGGUCUAGACGACCAGAGCCUCAUUUUACAUACUUCUGGCACCAGCGGCAAAAAGAAGGUCGUGCCGUAUUCACUGCUUUCGCUGAUCGUUGGCACGUCCGCGGUCGUCGAAUCCUGGGACCUGCAAGAGUCCGAUGUCAACAUGAACAUGAUGCCGCUCUUCCACGUCGGCGGCAUCGUUCGCAAUCUUCUCGCCCCCAUCUUCUCUGGCGGUAGCGCGGUCAUGUGCGCCGGUUUCGAUGCUAUAGCCUUCUGGACGCUUUCACGUGAUUUACAAGCCACCUGGUACUACGCCGCUCCGACCAUCCACCAUGCUAUCUUGACCUCCCAGCCGGCGGGCGUGCUUCCUUCCCGUGAUUUGCGCAUCCGCAUGAUCGCAAAUGCGGCCGGUGGACUACUCCCGUCGCUUGCAGUCAGCCUGAGAUCGACGUUUGAGGCCGUUAUCCUUCCCUCGUAUGGCAUGACCGAGUGCAUGCCCAUCGCUACGCCACCGAUCACGUACGAGCUUGAGCGCCCGGGAUGCAGCGGGAUAGCCUGUGGCCCGCACCUGUCGAUCCGCAACCCGAGCAAUCUCGAGCUGCCGACCGCGACAGGCAGCACCGGAGCCAUCUGCGUUCGCGGGCUCCCGACCUUUGCUGGAUAUGAAGUCGACCCAGAUCAGCCAUUAGAUACCUCGGCGUUCACGAGCGAGGGCUGGUUUGAUUCGGGUGACAUGGGCCACAUGGAUGAGGAUGGAUACUUGUACAUCACGGGAAGAUCAAAAGAGAUCAUCAACAAGGGAGGCGAAGUUAUCUCGCCAUUCGAGAUUGAGGAGGCAGUCUCCAUCGCAGCGAAACAGUUCGUCAAGACUGUGCUUGCGUUUGCGCUUGAGCAUGAUGUGCUACAAGAGACUAUUGGUGUCGUGAUCGUCCCUAAACCUGGUGCACCUCGCAUUGGUUUGGCACAGCUCCAGGAUCUUCUCAGGGACCAUCUUCACCCUUCCAAAUGGCCCUUUGCGAUAGUCUACAUGGCCGAUGUGCCCAAGAACAGCGCCGGAAAGCCUCUCCGCAUCAAGCUGGGCACGCGUCUCGAGAUCGGCCAGCUCACCGACACGGUCCCCGCCCUGCACCGUCACUUCGAGGCUGCUGUGCCCGACAACAUGGCCCCGUUGUCAGAGCCUAUUGCCUGUGCCCGCGUCCACCUCGACUUUGAUGCCAUCACAGAUGCCAUCACGAACGUAUUUGGUGUAUCUGAGGUUGCCCUUCGCGUGAGGACAGACGGUUCGCCCGAGGCUUUCGUCUGCGCUCACGAGAUCGACUCGUCUGAUGUCACUGCCGCCCUGGCUCGGUCUCUUCCUGGAUACUCCAUCCCGUCGCCUCUGCACGUUAUGCGGCGACACGACUUGCUGCGAGAUGCUAUGGGGAAUGUGGACUUUGCGGCAAUGGAGCAAGAGGUGGCGAGACAGCACGCAUCAGCGCUUUCCGAGCAGGCGAUUCUCGUGCGCGAUAUUAUCGGGAACUUGUUGCUGGCCGAUGCGUCGAUGAUGAAGGCCGAGUCCGACUUCUUCUUGCUCGGAGGUAACUCCUUGCUCCUGGGCAAGCUGGCCUAUCAAAUUCGCCGGCGCACGGGUGUCUCGUUGGCUGUGCAAUCCUUGUUUACGAAUAGCACCAUCCAGGGCAUAGCGGCGAUGAUCGAACAGGAACAUGGCCGAAACGCGGAGAAGCCUAUGCCAUCUGCUCGUCACAGCGAGAGCACUACUUUAAAUAUGAGCUACGAUUACGACGAGGACAUGGCUUCCCACGAAACCUCCCGCGGGCAGACCCAUCCCAUCACCAUGUUCGUGCAGGCCCUGCCCCUCGUUUUCUUCUACCCCCUCAAAGCGGCGAUGACUUGGACCAUCUUGCUCCUCAUGCUGUCCAGGCUGGCACCGAUCAUCAGUGGUUCAUUCUGGCAGCGGAUUUCGUCGCUCUUGGUCGCGAUCCUAGUUGCUCGGUUUACCACCCGUGUCGCUGCUCCUGUGACGUCAAUCAUCUUCAAAUGGCUCGUAAUCGGCAAGUACAGGCCCGGGACGUACAAGACCUUUUCGACGUACUACUUGCGCUGGUGGAUCGUCAACCAGAGCCUGCGCGUCGCCGGCCGUGGUGUCUUCAGCAUGCAUCCGUUGCUAGAGAUUCUCUACUAUCGGCUGCUGGGUGCGAAGAUUGGCCGCAACGUGCGCAUUUCGAAGGACGCCAGGCUUGGUGAAUACGACCUACUCACGUUCCGGGAUGGUUGUCGAAUCGACGGAAGCAUGAUCCGAGGUUUUUGUGUCGAGCGGGAGGGAAUGAUCCGGCUGGAUAGGAUUAUCAUUGGGCAGAGGGCACUGAUCAACACGUACACGCAAAUCUCCCCAGGUGCCGUCAUUCCAGAUAACACGGUGUAUGGCCCCCACGCCUCGUCCAAAGAUCCACCUUCGCCUCGAUCAUAUGCUGCGUUCAACCGGACGUUGUUAGAGGAACCCAGCCUAUGGCUCAAGUUCUUCGUUGCGUGGCCGGUGAUCGUUGCGGUCUACUUCGUUUCCAACAUUCCUUGGUUCUUUGCAAUCUGGCUGAUGGUCAGCGGUGUCUCGAUCCAGACCAACCAACUCUCUGCUCUGGAGUCGGUCGUGUACUGGUUCUCUGCUCCGAAACGAGUCGGAUAUCACGCCCUUUCUCGUGUCAUCCGGGCGAUCGCGACACCCGUCAUUCAAGUUGUCCUCGGGGUCAUUGUGAAGCGUCUGUUUGGGCUCAACAAGGAGAUGACUACCCCCGAAAUGUCGCAGCUUGUGCUGCUCCGACGGUACAUCAACAGCACUCUUCUCUCGCAAAACGCGCUUAAAGCCGCGUUCUCCAUUCUCGGCACGCACUAUGAAGUUGUGUCUGUCUUCUAUCGGGCCAUGGGCGCCAAAGUCGGGAAGAGGGUGUACUGGCCGGGGACGAACAUCUACUGCGUGGAUCCCGAGCUAUUGGAGAUCGGCAAUGAUGUCGUGUUUGGCUCGCGCAGUGAGGUCUUCACUACCGAUCGUGUCGGGUCCAAUAAAGUUACGAUCGCAGACGGAGCCAUGAUUGCUGACCGGGUCGUGCUUCUCCCCGGCUGCAAAGUUGGCCACAAGACGGUCAUGGGAUCCGGUGCAUUGGGCAUGCGAGACACCGAAUACAAGGACGGCUCGACAUGGCUUGGGACUGAAUGUCUGGACGAAGGGUCGCCCGCGGCUGCUGAAGCCCAGUCCACGAUCACCCCCUUUGGCCGGGCAUUCCACCAGCGUCAGGCGGACUACUUUGUCUUCCCAUAUGUCAUGCUGCUGGCGAUCAACAUUCUCGUGGCCGCGAUGUCCGCUGCAUUCUGGUCGCUGAGUGCCAUAUCAGCCGCCCAGUUGCUGCACCAGCUCCAUCUGCACUACACUCACAUCCUGCACAUCUACAAGCCCCGCUGGUAUCGGCCCGGUGUCAUCUACGGCUUCAUCGCUAUAGCAUUUGUCAUCGCACUUACCCUGCAAGCUAUCCUAGCGCUGGUGUUCGUUGUGUUGGCCAAGUGGGCUAUCAUCGGACGCAGGCGGGACGGCCGGUACACCUGGGACAAGAGCAGCUAUUGCCAGCGAUGGCAGCUGCAUCUCUCGCUAUCUCGCAUCCUCAACAAGGGCUACGCGAACGGCGGUGUUCUUGCCCCGAUCACGGGCUCGGUGUACAUCGUGUGGUAUCUCAGGGCGCUCGGCGCCAGGAUUGGCAAGAACUGUGUGAUCUAUGCAGGUGGCAAGACUGGUCUGAUGACGGAGCCUGAUCUGGUCCAUCUCGGCGACAACGUCAACCUAGAUGACUGUUCCGUCGUCGCACACAUCAACUCCCGGGGCCAAUUCGCGCUGAACAGUCUCAACAUUGGUAGCGGCUGUGCGAUGCGAACUGGCUCUCGUCUUCUGUCCGGUGCUUCGAUGGAAGACUCGUCGAUGCUGUGCGAACACACGCUUCUCACCUCCGGGGAUGUGGCCGAUGCCGGACGGGUAUACUCUGGCUGGCCGGCCAAGGUGCUCGAUGACAGCUGGGAGCCCAAAUACAAGGACGAUAUGCCUUCGCUGGGUGUGGUGUGUCCUGUGUGCCGUGGUUUCCCGAAGGAGAUGACGGCGACUGGCUGCGGUCAUAUUUUCUGCAAAGCAUGCAUACUUUCUGCAACGAACCAUAAAUGUCCGGUCUGCAUGGAGCAUGUGGCUGACCGCGAUCUGACGCGCAUCUUCCCUUCGUUCUCUCCCAUCUGAGUGAGCAGACGAGUCCAGUCCGGGGCCAAACCACACACACUGUAGCAUAUCACGCAUAUUUUAUAAAUUAGACAUACGGGCCACGUCCCACGAACAUCAUGUAGAUGCAUAUGUAGAGUCGGCCUUUUGAAUGCCCACCUAUGUAUCGAAUGACCACGUGACGCGGCCGCCGA